AUGGCCUCCCCAACUGGUGUCGAAUCUAAUCCUACUCCAAUCCCAUCUUCACCGAAGGCAAUAUCUUCCGACGCCUCGUACGAUUCUUACCACUCGGCUGAAUCUCACACUCUCGCUUCCUCCGAAAUUUCAGAUCCUUUCAUUAGUGAUGAACCUAUCAAUGCUCCGCCCCCUCCAUCGUCCGUCAUCUCCUACCAGCUUCAAGCUAUAGUUUUACACGACCAUCUUCAUAAAUUUUUAGUUGUUUGUGACAACACCGCCGAGGUACCCACGGCCACCAAAAACGAGCUUUUAGAGGUCCUUGCCUGCUUCCAUCCGGGACUUCGUUUGGACCCAAGAAUCGAGGAGGCAACUUUAUCAGAGCUAUUCAAGUUACUUGUCCGGCCUUAUUUCGAAAGCAUGGAGGAUUUCGAUGAAGAGACCAAUGCGAUGCUCUAUUGGGGCGUACCCUUUGAUAUGAGUCCAAGCGGUUAUCAGGAUGUUCGCAUCGAUCCAAUGGGAAUACAUUAUCAUAGACAAAUUAUACAAAUGGCUCACCUUACCAGUUCCCCUCAAUCUUCAAACACACUUCAAGCUCGUUACAUGCAGGUCAACUACUGCGAUCAUGAAGAACCCCCAGAUCAGGAGUGCCAACAUGUUGAUCAACAUGUUACGGAAGACAACACCAGUAAUCCUUCUAUAGGCUGUCAAUCUCGACCCACUCAAGAUGAUAGCAAACAAGAUAGCAAACAAGCAAUCCCCAUAUCGUGGAAACUUUCAGAGACUGUGGAUAAGGCCAAUUCUUCCGAAGUGGAUCCCAAGCAGACGUGUGUUGAAGAAGAAGACCCAUUUGUCAUGGUCAUGGAUAUUAUAGAGUUUAACAAUUGCAAACUACCCGGUAGUCAUCCAACUUCUGUUGAAGAUCCAAUCACACAUAACAUUUGGAUUCAAAACAAUAAUCUCGUUAAAACCCGAUUCAAGAUGCCACAGACACGAAGUCAGAAGCGAAAGGCAGAGCUCGAUACACGGGCUGCUACCGAGUGUAGAUUGCAUAUCCAACAAAACGAGGGAAUAUCCGAAGCGACUAUGAGAUUAACUCUGAUACAAACUGGUGUCUCUGUUGGUGUAUUGGAAGGAAUCUCCUCUUCCGCCCUUCAAAGUCUCUAUCAUUCUCGAAUCACAAAGUCAAAAAAAACAAAAACCCACGCCGGCGUUCAACAAAAUCAUAAGCGAACUUACUGCACUUGGAACUCCAGGGCUCGACAAAGUGCGACAAUUCCCACUAGUGCUUCACAAUAUUAUAAAAUGAGUAAAGAGGAGCUUUUGGAAAUUUUGGAGCCAUUUGAUCUCAAUAAAGAGUCCCUCAGUACUACAGCUCUCGCAAAACUAUGCUAUCUGUAUCAUUCAGAAAUAAAUGCUUUGAAAAAUCGAAACAACAAUAAACAACCCACAUCUCUCUCGCUGCGACCACCAAUUGUCACGGAGGAUAUUGCUAUCGAUCAUGACAAUCCCCGUUACUCAAAACACACCCAUCUUCGCUCACCAGCUGAUAGUCCUAGUUCCACACCGAACCCAAGCGGCAUGAAUGAAGGUUCAUCUAGUCGACUUAUUGAUCCCAACCCCGCCGCAGGAAUAACUCGCUGCACUACUGACGAUCAAGAUAAUCAAUCUGAUGAAGGUGAUCAGCUUAAUGAUGAUUUCGGUUCUCAUGAUGCAGGCAGCAGAAAAGCACCGCAAAAGACACUACUAACAGCUAUUCCAGACCAUGAUGAUAGCACACCAAGCCUGUCACCAAGACCAUCUCGUCGUAUAAUCCAAUCAUCUCCUUCUUUUGAUAACUUUCAGAUUUAUACUACGAAGCGGCAUCAAGACUGCAUUACGAAAUCUCCAAACGACCAGGAUCAGUCUGAUCCAGAUGAUGAGCCACCUUCAGAACAAGACUCUACCACUUCCCGAAACAGAGAUUCUAAUCAGCUUUCCCGGAGAAAACACGUCAAAAACACCUCAGCCAGACCUAAGCGGAAAGUUCGCCCCCAGCGAGCUCAUACGACCUAUCGUGACAAAGGGAAACAGCGAGAAGUACCUAAUCGUUCACUGUCUAGAUCUUCAUCAAUCUCACCCAGUGAAAUAGCGCGGAACCUUCAAAAUCCCAACCAUCCUAGAUUACGUUACAACAAAGAAAAACAAUGCGCCCGAAACGAUCUUUCUGCCUCGCCAUCAAGCGCAUACCACGCACGCCGCCUAAGUGGCCUUAACGAAGGUGUCGGUCCUAGUUUCUCUGAAGGACAUCAAUCUGGUGCACAGGAUGCCUCCAACAAUUGUAGAAACACCGAAGACCAAAACAACUUUGGACAUCAGUCAAGACCCACAUUCUCAACCAGGAGGUCUCACGUUCCUUCGGCCACCCUCUCGACAAGGACAGAUACUUCAGUUGAAUGCCAUUUACUUGACUUGGAGCGCAAAGUAACUUUUCUUCAGUCUAAUGCUGGUGAUAGAGAUGUAGACAUGGAAGAGAUCAAUCAAGAGGUUCAAAGAGUGUGGGAGAGCUUGGAAACCACUUUGAGGAAUGUCCACAUCUCUUUGAGGAAUGCUAAUCGAAACCAACGUGAACGGGCCAAUGAGGAAGGACAACACAAUGAGAACGAAGGAGAUAAUCAAGAAGACUUCCGGGAAACUACCCCAGCAGCUAAAAAGGCUGUGCUUCGUGGUCUAGUUCGAUUCCAUCUUAAAGUUCUAUAUGGGCAGCGUAAAAAUGUCAAAACUAUGCCAGGUGGGGCAUCACCUGCACAGCGAGCAGUAUGGCUGCGGAAAUCCAUGCGACAGAUGCUCACGAUGGACCUCGAGGAGGCGGAUGGCGAAGCAAAUGACACCGACUCGAACGAUCCACAGUUUCCCUAUGACGGUGGACCAGGAAGUGAAAACACAAAUUCUCAAGUUAUCAGAACUAUCUGGGUUAUGAUGCGUGGUGUGAAGAUGGUCUCAUAUCGACUCAAUUUCGAAGAAUCACUCAACUCAAGAGAAAACACCUUCCUGCUGGAAUUUGCGACGGCAAGCUUCAUCAAGCUGGUUCAAUGUGGCGAGUACAAGGGUAUAACACCUGGAGACGUCCGACCGGAGUUGAUUUUCAAUCUUAUGAAAACACAUGCUAAAGACAGGCUCAAGAGGAUUUGGCGCGAACAACACAACUGGACUCCUGAGAGAAGGCAAGAGCGAGAUAAGCGACAGUUGCGUGUUUCUCGCGCAAGAACGCUGAAAGAGGACAGGCUUGAUGCAGUGGGGUCAAAGGAAUCUUUAUGGCCUCUUGAUCCAUUGGUUACAAGAUGUUGUAGCGAUGACAAAACGGAUGCAGAGGAAUCGGCGGCUUUGGAUUCAAAGGUCUGUAACAUUCGUCGGUAUGAGUGGCGUUCUGCUCGAAUGGAUUACAUUCUUGAUAAGAUUGAUGAGUAUCGAGAUAAGAGAGCUAGAGGCAGCCCAGGCAGUACACCGGGUGGAAAUCCUUAUCAAAGACGUAUUCGAAGUAGAAACAAUCCACUCAAUCCUUCACCUCCCCCGAUACAACUUCCUCUCGACUGUUACAAUACAGAAUGGUAUGAUAGCCUCGCACAGAAUGCUAAGGAUGAAUUGGAGGUGCUUCCACCGAUUGGGCUGUCUAAGUAUGCACGUUUACUGAAAAGGUUAUGUAGGGCUGGUGAGGAACAAAUGUAG